UUAAUACAUUUAAUUAAUUUUUCUUUACAUUUUUUAUAGUAUCACCAAGAACAAUGCGCUGCGAGCUAACUGCCAUUAUACUUAAUUCUUUUAGCUUUUAUAACGUAAUCUACGCGGCAAUUGGCAUAAUAUCCAGACAUUAAUCCAUCACCCAACAAAUUCACAUCUUUAAUGGUUCAUUACCUCAUCAAGUUUGACACUACUAAUGUGCUCAUUUUUUGCCGGAUCAUGUGUUAAGUGUGCCUCACACUUGUUAGAAAAAGUCGUUUGAUAAGGGCAUUGUCGAAUCUUCUGGAAAACUGUUUCACAGUAAUGUUAUUAACCAAAUGAUGAUCAAGCUGUUCACUUGGUUUUUUUGGGUUUCUGGUGAUUUCCGAUGAAUGUAUCUUUUCAUAUGAUGCAUUCCAGUACUUUUUAAUUUCAGUUGGAUUGACACGUUUCACGAGUUAAGUCGAUUUAUUAAGCUGGCAAUGGAUUUCUUCAUUUUAAUAAGGUGUGCAUUACAUCAUAAUUCACUUCUGAAUUCAAAAUUUCAUGCCGGAAACUCUUUUUUACAGCUGGUGUCUUACAAUAGUGCAAAUUCCGCUUAUCGUCGUAUCAUUGCAAUUUAGAUGUGGUGGAAAAGUUUGUAUGUUACGUCAUUACCGACCAAGCAAGGAUGGUACAUUUGUUUUCCGUCAUACCGUGAAAGACUACCAAAUUAUCAUUGAAGACAUUCAAGAAGAAAUAUUACCAAAACCAAUAUUGGAUGCAAUUAAUGAAACACACCUAACCAUUAGAGAAUCUCCUGCAGUCAAACAACUUAGUAUUUCUAGUAACUGUACAAUCGUACAUAUGUUCGUUAAAAAUACUAGCCUUAGAUCGCUCAAUAUCGAUGUCAAUGAACAUAUAGUUUAUUUAUCGAUAACUUAUAGUAUGUUAGUGGCAAUUCCGCGCACGAUUGGUAAUUUGAAAGCAUUGGCAACUCUAACUAUUACCCAUUCUCUGCUUCGGCAACUGGAUUUGGGAUUGUUUUGUAAUACAGUAACAUUGAACGAUCUCUCAAUAUUGGAUAACAAAAUUAAAUCUGUCAUUAACAGUUCAAAAUCAUCGUGUCUCACUAUGAUGAAAGGCAUCUACAUGAAUAGAAACGAGGUACAAAUCCUUAACAUGGACGAAUUUAAUAGCUUCCCGAAAUUAGAAUUUUUGUCUUUUACUUCGAAUCGAAUCGAGCUAGUUACGGGAAGAGUGAACUCGACAUCUCUUGAAGUAUUAGGUCUAUGCUCCAAUCGGAUCAAUCAAAUAGAUUUAUGUCAAUGGUAUGCUCCUUCGCUAAGAUCGUUGCUUAUUUCGAACAACGCAUUAAACGAGCUACCAUAUUGCCUGGCCACGAUGUUGAAUAUUGAUAAAAUCGUAUUGAACAGGAAUCGAAUCACUCAUUUUCAAUUCUACUGGAUUGCACCUUUGGAAUAUCUGCGUGUUAUAGACCUUUCGUUUAACUACCUCACAUCAAUUAGUUUCAACGAUCGCUUUCCCAAACAACUCAAUUGGAUUAACCUUAAAUCAAACCUCCUAACUAGCUUAGACUUAUCGUAUGUCCCAGUCCCAGGGCUAAGCAUCAACGUGGAAAACAACUGCAUUACACAUUUUAAUGUAACUAGUACCACAAUUAAUGUUGCUGAUUUGGCGAUGGCAGGCAAUCCGAUCGACUGUUCAUGGACCAAUCGCGAAAAGAAGGAAGCGGUACUCUGCACACAUAACAGUAAUUAACAAUUCCACCAUUCACCACACAUAAAUUGAUUGAGAAAUAAACAAUUCCACCAUACACCAGAUAAUUUCAUACAUUUGGACAUUUGGAUUAAAUGAUUACUUUAACGCCCCGUCAAGGCGUUUCUAUGAUAAGUCCUGUGCGUGCAUGAACAUGCUAGGUAAUGUAAAUUUUCUGAGACUAUGCAGCAGCAUACAUCAUUGUGCAGCAGGGCUUCAGAGGGCUGCUUCAUUCAAACUACUUGUUUUGAAAAUUCGUUGUAGUUCUUUAUAAUUGUUUUGAAUGCUUUUGAAAGACAGAGAUUUUUUCUUUAAAUACGCAUAUUCUAUUUUUGACACAUGUUCUCGAUUUUCUGAAAAGCCUCAUUCCAAAAAGAGCAUAAUAGUACAGAAAUUAGUUUUUGUUACAACACACAUGAAUAAAGGGAAGAAAAUUAAGAGAAAAUACGUG